CUGACAAUUAUUACAACUCAAUUAGUAGUUAUAUAAUUAAGAUAUAUAGUUUCUAUUAAGAAAAAAGAUGGGAUCAAAGGCAUUUAUGCUUAUUGUUUUGGCUAUUUUACUUGUGAUAACAUCUGAGGUUUCAGCUAGGGAGUUGGUUGAGAGCACCCCCACUACUACAGACAAUGCAAAAGUAUCCGAAAAGAAAAAUGAUGAUGUAAAUUACUCGAAAUUUUUAGGAGCAGGAUUUCCAGCAGGAGUCGGAGUAGGUGGAUAUGGAGGAUUCCCCGUAGGAAGAUAUGGAGGAUACAUUGGAGGAGGAUAUGGCGGAUACCCAUAUGGUGGAUAUGGUGGAUACCCUGGUGGACGUGGAUAUUAUGGAGGUUAUCCAAGAGGCGGAUAUGGCGGAUAUGGUGGAUAUGGUGGAUAUGGUAGUGGAUAUGGCUAUGGUGGUGGCUAUGGAGGAUAUCCUAGAGGUAGUUGGUAUGGAGUAUUGCCUCACAACUAAUUAAUUUACUAA